AUGAGAUCAUCAUCUUCAAUGACAUUCAUCACCAUCUUUAGCCUGAACCUAAUCAUUUGCUCNUGCUUUGAACCCAGUACUACAACUUGUGGACACAGCUUCUGCAAAAAGUGUUUGCGAUCUGCAGCGGAUAAGUGUGGAAAGAAAUGUCCUAAAUGCAGGCAACUAAUAGGAAAUGGAAGAUAUUGUACGAUUAAUACGGUUCUUUGGAACACGAUCCAGCUUCUGUUCCCUAAAGAAGUCGAAGCACAAAGAGCUGCUUCUGCUGCUAACUCGAGAGGCAAGGAGACGCCGAGUCCUAAAGAUCCUAAUCAAAGGCUAAGAAGCAGAAACAGAGAAACUGCGUCGUUUCAAGAGAGGUUUCAGAGGGAGGAUCUUUCGAGAUUGCUUGUAUCUGAAGAGAGAAGCGAGAGGAGCGAGAGAAGGAGGAGAAACGCAAGUAUGAGGUUGGACCAAGAUAGGGAUGCCGCAUUAGCCUUGCGGUUGCAGCGGCAGGAGUUCGCGUCUGCGUUUGGCGUAACGGCGCCUGAAACUUCUUCUUCAUCGGUUUCUAACCUGUCGCUAGCAAGAGCUAACCUGCGAGCUAUGGCGUCAAGAGCUGUUCGCAGGCAAGGGUGAUAUGAGAUCAUCAUCUUCAAUGACAUUCAUCACCAUCUUUAGCCUGAACCUGCCUCGGAUCUAGGCAGUUCUAUAACUAUGCAUAUGACAACAGAAUCAUUUGCUCAAACACAUUGUAAAACUACAUUAUCAUUCAGUUCCUUGUUCCUAAAGUUCCAAAAAUCUCUUCAAAUAUC